UGCGGCUCACUCCUCUCAGUCCACUCACUAGUGCGCAUCUCUCCAAACUGCUCUCAGGCAUCUUCAACAGGGACAACAUGCUUUCAGAGUCAUUCUCGUGGAUCUCCAUCUCCUCGACCAUGUGUGUGUCGUACCUGUGUGCUGAAAGGGGCCACGGCGGGCUCGCGUCCGCGGUGCUGUCCACGCUGGUGGUGCUGAGCGCGCUCACGGUGGAGGGAGCGAGCGCGGCCGCCACGGCUGGAGCACCAACCCCGUGCCGGACGUGCGGUAUGCCGGCGAUGGAGAAGGGCUCGGAGGAACGGUACCUGGUCGAACUCGCCAAACAACAGAUUCUGAACAAGCUUCACCUGCUGGAGAGGCCGAACAUCACGCAGACGGUGCCGCGGGCCGCGCUCAUGACGGCGCUCCGCAAGUUACACGCGGGCCGCCUGAGACGCGACGGGACUCUGGAACUGGACAACAACUAUCCGAGCUCGCGCACUGGUAACCAGGCCUACGAGAUAGUCAGUUUCGCUGAUGUAGAUGAUGAAGUCUCCGGUGGAAUCGACACCAGUUUAUUGUUCCAGUUUCUGCAGGAGAAAGGUCACAGCCUGCAGGUCCUGCAGUCAUCUCUGUGGCUGUACGUGCGCUCCGCUGAUGCUUCUCCGCACUCUGACCGCGUGAAUGCCGAAAUCUACCUGUCGGGGACGGGCGAUGUCAAUCGCACGCUGCUGCUCCAAAGGAGCGUGGAGGUAGCACGGGGUGGGUGGCAAACGUUCCCCAUCACCAGCACCCUGCAGGCGUUCCUGGAUGGAGGCCAGCAGAGUCUCCGCUUGGAGGUGCUUUGUGAAGAAGGAGGACACAACCUGUGUAGCCACGGCGCCUCCAGUGACUCCUCUCACCAGCCGUUCCUGGUGGCACAAGUGCGGCUUCGAGACGACGCCUUCAAACACGCCCUGAGCAAGCGCUCGCUGCGGUGCGGCGACGACCCCAAAGUGUGCUGCAAGAAAGACUUCUACAUCAAGUUUCGUGACAUCCAGUGGCAGGACUGGAUCAUUGCGCCCGAGGGCUACCACAUGAACUUCUGCAUGGGACAGUGUCAGGAGCAUCUGUCGGGGUCUCCGGGCAUCGCUUCGUCUUUCCACGCCACCGUGUUCAGUCAGCUGAAGCCAAACGGCAUUCACACGGCGGUGUCGUCGUGUUGCGUGCCCACCCAGAAACGGCCGCUCUCCAUGGUCUACUUCAACUCGCAGCACACCAUCGUAAAGACGGACGUCCCGGACAUGAUCGUGGAGUCCUGCGGAUGCACGUAAACAUCGGACAUUAGAGAUGUGAGGAAGUAAAGACUAAAGAAUGACUUACAGUGAAGAAUAACAUUUAUUGAAAACAUACGGUGGCCCCAAAAAAGAACUCUUCUGAACACUUAAAUCACACUUAAAGCACGAUGACUGCUUAUUAAACGGUGUCUUGCAGCUUUUUAGUCAAGCUCAGCAUAAUGCAAAGACAUGCAUAUUUAAG